UCAGUUUCCUAGUCCCCGUCUGCUCACCUCCGCGCCCCGGACCUGCGCCUCGCCUCCACCUAAGGAUUUUCCCUCCUCUCCGAGCCGAGAAUCUCUGGGUCCUCCCGCCCCUUUCUGUGGCCCCACAUCCUCCCCAGCCCCGAGGCCCUUCCUACAUUUCUUCUGUGGUGCUUUGAUACAGGACACUUUCUGUUUGCUUGUUUUCUCCGCUUUUCUCUUUGUUGCUCUAAAACCGGUUUUUCGCCGAAGCCCCCCCACCCCGGAGGAAGUUCGACUUUUGGAGCAAGGCGGUGCCGCGGACCGCACCGGCCUCCCCUGCACACCCGCCGGCUGCGCCCACCUCGCCAGCCAUACCCGCCGCCUGCGCUCGUUCGCCCGAGGAAGCCAGCCAAGAAUUCAUUGAUGCACCCUUUCCAGUGGUGUAACGGGUGUUUCUGUGGCCUGGGACUGGUCAGUACCAACAAGUCCUGUUCGAUGCCACCCAUCAGUUUCCAAGACCUCCCUCUCAACAUCUACAUGGUCAUCUUUGGCACGGGCAUCUUUGUCUUCAUGCUGAGCCUCAUCUUCUGUUGCUAUUUUAUCAGCAAACUCCGGAACCAGGCACAGAGUGAACGAUAUGGAUAUAAGGAGGUGGUACUCAAAGGCGACGCCAAGAAGUCACAAUUAUAUGGGCAGACCUGUGCAGUCUGUCUGGAAGACUUCAAGGGCAAGGAUGAGUUAGGCGUGCUUCCAUGCCAACAUGCCUUCCACCGGAAGUGUCUUGUGAAGUGGCUGGAAGUGCGCUGUGUGUGUCCGAUGUGUAACAAGCCCAUUGCCGGCCCCUCGGAGGCCACCCAGAGCAUCGGGAUCCUCCUGGAUGAACUGGUGUGAGUGCUGCUGCCAUAGCCAGGCCUGGAGAAGUCCUGGGGCUGCCUGGUCCCUCUGCACAGCCACAGUGAACCAGACUGUUGGGUGGUGAUGGCCAUGCUCACCUGGAGGGGACACAGUGCAGGGCUGGCCUAUCACCUUCAGGGGGAGACCAGACUCCCCACCUUUCUGCCUCCUGAGGCCUUCCUCCUUGUGACUCAGCCAUCAAGACCACUGUAUGUGGUACUGGACUAUGUACCUGCCUUAUCCCUGCUCUAGGGAAGGAAAGCCACCCCUACCUGUUCAAGAACUUGGGGUCUACCCCUGGAGGGACCCCCUUAGGAGGACAAGCUACCUUGACAUAGAGGAAGGGAUAAGAUGGGUUCCAUCCCACCUACAACCUUUCCUGUACUCCCCGCUCCUUCCAUGGGAAGUCUAGAAGGGAGGAAGGAAAGAUUGAAGAACCAAGUGCCUCCAGUGGAAGUGAGGAAGGCUCUCUGGGAAGUCAGCAAGAGUGGGGACAUAUGAAAGGAAAGCCAGUGUUUACAGGGAACUAAGGAAAAAAAGACUGGCCAGCCGGCCUGCUGACUAUGGGGUGAUGAAGGGCAAGCCCUUCUCCCUGCUAGGGUUUGAGGUGCUAUCCAUUCAUUCUCUUCCUCAGUUAAUCCCAGAGCUUCCUAUUCCAUGGGGUCCAGUUCCCUCUAAAGGAAGGAUAGACACUUACAUGGAUUCCCAGGGCCAUUCUCUAAAGAAGCAAGAGGGGCCUGGGGUUGGGGAGUAUCUGAAGGUUAAUGUAGCAACAGAUACCUUUCCCUUUGUAAAUAGUAUUUUUAUACUGCAUCCCCACCAUCUCAGGCUUUAUACAUGGGAUCCCCAAACAGAGUGGGUGGAGGUUUUCUGUCCCUCCCCAUGUGGGGGUGAGGGUGGGGGGAAACUAUGUAUUUAAAGAAAAUUAAAUUUAAUAACAGGUUUCUCUAACUUUUUGCCUGUGGUUGUGGCCUGUGUCUGUUGGCCCUUUUCUGCCAACAGAGCAAAGUUCUCUACCUACCUCUUCUUCCCUAAACUCAACCCAAACACAAGCACACCCAAAAAUUCUGAUCUUUUCAAAGAAAAAUUGAUGUUAUAGUAUAACCUGGACUACACAGGUCAGGACUUGGGUCAGGACCCAAGUCAAGUGCUUUUAGACUAUCAGAGCCAGGCUAUUUGUCUGAUUUCUGGAAUAUGUCUAAAGAAAGGCACUAUUUGAUACCAUAGCAUUUCAUCAAUGUGAGACUUGAAAUUAAUAGAAUUCUACUGUAAUGCUAUCAAUUGUACUCUUAGCACAGUGGAAGAGAUGUGAUUGUUGCCCAUCAAGGCUUGAUCUUUUUUCCCUUAUUUUUUCUUACCUGCUAGCUGACGGUCAGUGCUACCCUCCUGUGUCACGUUGAUAAGUGUUGAUUGACAUUUUAAAGCUAUUUUUUUAAUUUUUUUUAAGAUUUAUUUAUUUAUGCAAGAACUUGGGUACAGGCCAGAGACGCAGGAGGGUGAGAGAAUUCACCCGAAACAGACCGGGGAGCAGAACAGGCAGAUGACUGAAAACACUGCUGAGGGGAGCAGAGGGCAAGACAGGAGAGAUCUGCCACGCCAUGUGGGUUUCUCCCUGGCCAGCCGGGAAUCGGACCUGCGCUGCAGAGGCUGAGGACAGCUUCACAGCGCUGAGCUCAACCGCUGCGCCACCAGGGAGGCCCUGUUGAUUGACAUUUUAUACCCUGGCAUAUUUGGCCUAUACCUAUAAGUCAUCUUAUACCCGUACCCUCUAACUUUAUUCUGUCAGUGACUCAAGGGGGUGCUGAGUUAGUUAAAGGUAAACAAAGUGGGCUGAGAAUGUUAGAAACAAUUCUCUUGGCUAUCAUAAGCCUAGAGCAGCUGGGCUGUGCCUGCCCCUAUUGGAUGGAGAAGCCCAGGGAGCCUGGAGGAACGUUGGUUGAGCAAAGUAUAGUGUGGUGGCGGGUGCAGAUGUAUGGGAAGUGCCCAACCAGCCACAGGAGCACUAAAGGGGAAGUGCGUUGUCCUCCCGCCAUGAGGCUGUCAGCACAGUUGGGGCUCAUGGUGGAUUGACCUGAGGAGCUGACAGCACUGGGUGGUCUGAGUGACAAUGGCGCCAUUUGUCCUGGUGGGGCUCAUGGCUCACGGGUGCCCCAGUUUUGCUACCUCUUUCACCCCGUUCCUCCUUAAAGCCUCUACCUUGAGCUUGCUGCUGCCAGCCCUCCAGUGCUGUAACUUGCCUCAUUGGGGGCACCACUUCUUCCUCUAGUGCCACUAGCUAGCUGUACUAUGGGAGAGUAAAAUGCAUUUUCUGAGCAAGACACAAAGCCAGCCCUGUAGCUCCUGUUGAGGCCUCACAUGGGAUGCGUGCCAGAGAGGCAGUGAGGCAAACAGGUGGUCUAGGUUGGGUUCACCAUCUACAUGCUCCUAUCUCACCUUCUCCCCUUCUCAAAGAAAAGUUAUCACUGUUGACAUAGUCUGACUAAAUCGAGGCACCAAAAUGUCUGUGUUUGCAAAUUUGAAUCGCAAUGCCCUGAAAUCAAAAUGACUGGGUAAAAAUACUGCUCCAAUACAGUUAGG